CUCCCCUCUCUCUCUCUACCUUAUCUCUUCCUUUUAUUCUCCUUUCUUAGCCACACACCCAGAUUCCCCACACCUCUCCCCACCUUAACUCCUCCCCCCCUUCCCCUUCUGUUGGGCCGGUGAUGGCGGCGGCCGGGUGCGGCGGCGACCGGACGAGGCAGCGAGACCUCCUCCUGGUCGUCGUCCUCGUCGUGCACGUCGUCGCUCGGCUCCGUCAAUGACAGUGCCGUCGUCGCGUGCGUCGUCAAGGCAGCGAGCGGGCGUCGUCAAGGCAGCGGACGUCGUCGUCGUCUCUGCGGGGAACGUCCCCGCCGCCAGCCACUUCCUCACCGCCAUCCACAACCACCCUCUCCACGCCCUCGCCGCUGCCCCUCGCCACGCUGCUCCUGGGCCACCUCCUCUCGCGCCGUCGCGUCCGCGAGGCCGCCUCCGUCGUCCGCUGGAUCUGCCGCCCGAACUCCCCGCAGCGGCCCAACAACGCCACCUUCACCUUCGUCGUCGCGGCAGGCGGGCUCGACGGCGACGACGGCGACCGGGCGAGCGUGGCGUGGUGACGACUAGCGAGGCGGCGGCGAGCGGGCCCCGCCCAGAUCCGACGAGUUGCGGCGGCCGGUUGCGUGCGGGCCGGCGAUUUCCGCUUUUUUUUUUUUUUGUUUCGUGCGGGCGGAAUAAUUUGACCGCACAGGAUAAUCGAUUAUCCCGUGUAUCCCAUACGGUUGGCCCAUCCGCACACGAAAAUAUUGAUUUUUCCAGACACUUGGGUGUAGACGGACAAAUCAUCCGCACGGAAAAAUCAUUUUGACUGCACGGAAAAAUCAUUUUGACUGCACGGAAAAAUGUUUUACAUAGUAGUGUCGACGAAACCAACUUUCUAGAAAUGCCACUGUACAAGCGUCUUUGCCCUAGAAAUACUAUCGUCGUUAUGUUUCCGUUAGCACCCCUUCGUUAAGUGCUACAAAAAGGCCAUUUUACCCCUACGAAUUGCUAAAAAGUAAAUUAAAACUUUUGCUCUUUUCAUAAGCUUACACUAAUAUAUAGGUUGUUCUUUACACUAAAUUAUUAUAAAUUAUUAUAGGUUGACUGGAAGAGCAAAAGUUUAAUGGGCUUUCAGCAUUUUGUAGGGGUAAAAUUGUCUUUUUUAUAGUACUUAACAGAGGGCUACUAACGAAAAUCUAACGGUGAUGAUAUUUUUGGAACAAAGACGCUUCUAUGAUGGCAUU